AGUUCUGCAAAAAGUAUAGGGUAGUGGGAAUAUCUAUCAAAGAGAAAAGUAUAUGGGUAGUGGGAAUAUCUAUCAAAGAGAAAAAGUGAAUAUUGAAGGUUUCCGUUAUUCCAUUGAAGUCACAGUUCCUCAAUUAUGGACAAAUCAAUAUCUUUCCUUCGAAAAAUUUUUCGAAAAAGCACAGCGGAUGAACAGAACCAGGACAGCUCUGGAGGACAAAGCUCAGAGAAGCUUCUUGAGCUGACAGAUGCUAGUAAUUACACAUUUGACAAGAUACCAGUGGUGCCCCAGCCCAGCGAUGGCACUGUGACCCUACCUCCUUCCUGCUUGCUAAAAGAUAUGGUGUCGCUUCAAGAUCUAAACAAUGAGCAAAGAGAUGAGGUGCAGAGAGGCUUACACAUGUCUCAAAUGACGAGAAGUCAGUUUAACAACACAUGUAUGGACAUUGUGGAAUGGGUGUCAGAAGCUGUCACCAACAUUAUCUUGCCAGCCCUAGCCGAUGUAUUGGAUGCCAAUGAGGAGUUCCAUAAAACAGCAAAAACUGUAGUUAUGGAAGUGAUUUCUGGGGCAACCACUGAAGUUUCCCCCUACGUUUCCAAACCACACAAUGGCUUUGGCGAUAAUGCUUCUUGGCUUGACAAGCAAGAUGACAUCCACUCCCAUGUGGAUCGGGCAGCUUCUGACAUCGUUGAAAUUGUUUUGAAAGAGCUUCACAACUUCUCAAAAACAGUCCAAGAACUCGAUGCAUCAGAUAACAAGUCAGUCAGUUGGGGGUCUCCAUCCCAAGCCUCAAGUACCUUGCCACUGCUUGCAUCUAACAGCUCUCCAUCAAAAGGAUUGUCCGCUGCUUUCGGCAUGUUCAAGUCUGUGGCAAGUAAACUAAGGGAAUUUUUUAUUCAGCAUCCGCCUUUGCUGGUCAGAUCUGAAGAAAAGAUUUCCUCAGACAAGGAAGAGACUUCAGCUUUUAUAGUCCCCGAAUAUACCUUCGUAACAUCUGUUGGCUCUCAGACUGAUGAGGCCCUUCUUGAUACCUGUCCCACUGAGGUUGAAAAUGAAAUUUCCACUUCACUCUUGUUGGCUGAUUCACUGGACAGCUGUUCAUUGGUGACAGAAAUCAAAUCUGAGGUGUCCUUGGAUUCUGAAAUAUUGGCAGACGUUUCUCUGACUGAUCUCACCACAUGUAGUGAUGUCUCAUCUCUAGACAGACUGGAUCAACCACGACUGACUCCACAAGAUGACUUUAUUAAUCCGAAAGCUGCAUGGUGCACUCCCAGUCCUCAGAGCCAGUCUCUUAUCAAGCUCUCAGAAGAAAAGUGCCUGAGAAUAGCAAUAGAAUUAGUCACUGAAGCUGUUCUCAGAACAGCCGAGGACAUUGCAGAGCCUCCGGAUAUUGCUGUAUCACACAAUAAGUGA